GUACCUUACCCGACCUGACCGAAUUUUAUCUUUUCAUUAUCAUUUUUUGGUUGAAUUGACACGGAAGAAAGAUCAAAAGGGAAAAGUGGAAAAGAACUAUACUUGCUUGCUUCCUUUGGAUUUUGAAAUUAUCUUUUGGAAAUUUUUAUUUCCAAGUUUUCUUUUCUCCCUUCUUUUUCACCACCUCCCUCCCCGCUUCCCUUCCUUCCUUCUAAACCCUAAUUCCAUCUCAAUUUCGGAUCGUAGUCUUUCGUUAAUCUCACCUUAAAUCGCGUCACAAAAGCACGAAUUUUUUCUCGAUCUUUUUUAUUCUGGUUUCCUUCCAAAAGGAAAUAAGGAGCAAUGUCUUUUGCAAGGAAUUGCCGUCCGCAAGGGGGCACAUUUCAGGAUGAUUACCGGUACCCUUUCAAUAGAAAUAACUACAACAAUAAUAGUUCCAACAACUACAGGAACAGGAACUGGAAUUCGAAUUGCAAUCCUACCAGGAAUUUUAAUCAUGCCCACGAAUUCUCAGGCCAGUUUGGGGAGCAUAAUAGAGGUUAUCAUUAUGCUCAGCCAAAUUGUGCUCCUUCUUUGAAAAGACGGAAGUUUUCAGCUGCUACUUGGGGAGAUAGUGGGAGACACUAUCCACCACCUAACAUGCAUUACACGGCUGCUCCAUCAGACUCCAGCAAUUUCAUCCCUCCUCCUAUAAGAUCAAAUGCUGAAGCCUCUACAUCUAUCAGCAGUAAACGUGAUCGGUCACAAUUGGAAGAUGAUGAACCUGUUUUUAUGUCCAGGGACGAGAUUGAGAGAUAUUCACCAUCAAGAAGAGAUGGUAUUGAUGCCUUACGCGAAACACAUCUGCGCUAUUCCUAUUGUGCCUUCAUUCAGAAUCUUGGUUUGCAGCUUGAGUUACCACAAACUACUAUUGGCACUGCCAUGGUUCUAUGCCAUAGGUUUUUUGUCCGAAGAUCACAUGCUUGCCAUGAUAGAUUUUUGAUUGCUACUGCUGCUCUUUUUCUUGCUGCAAAGAGUGAGGAGACACCACGGCCUUUGAACAAUGUGUUGAGAGCAUCUUGUGAAAUAUUCCACAAGCAGGAUGUUGCAUUCUUGUCCUAUCUGCUCCCUGUUGAUUGGUUCGAGCAGUAUCGGGAACGCGUGAUUGAGGCAGAGCAAAUGAUACUUACUACUUUAAAUUUUGAACUUAACGUGCAGCAUCCAUAUGCUCCUCUUACAUCCAUUCUUAACAAAUUAGGCCUUUCACAAACUGUCUUGGUGAAUAUGGCGUUAAACUUGGUCAGUGAAGGGUACAAUUUUAGUUUGGGUUAUAUUGUUGUGAUGUUUGUGUAAAUGAAAGUAGUCUAAGAAUAAUGCUCAAUAAAUUGGGAUGUGUUCUUGUCCUAUGAUUGAGUGGCUGUUUUAUACACUUGGAGUAAUGGGUGUUCCAGUUCCACCAAUCAGCAGAUUUUAUGGGGUUUCAACUUUAAAAGGAUUUUGGGUGGGGUGUGUCCCAUGAAGAGUUGGGGUGUGAAGAAGGUUAUACAGGUUAUCUUCUUCCAUCUCGUCCAAAAAAUGUGUGCUUGUGUCGAUAAUUUUCUUCUUUAGCCCAGCUACUCUACGUAGUUAUUCUGGUAUGGCAUAUUGAUUCUUUUGGCAUGGCAUAUAAUUGCAGGGUUUUUACAAGAUUAGCGUGCUCGCCUGUAUGAUAUUGUUAGCUGGCGGAUUGAUGUGCUGUUCAUGGAAAGUUUUGUUUUUACAUCUGAAGUUGAACUGCUGAUGUUAAUGGUUCUUUUCCUAUGAUUAUACCCAACUUGGUCCUGGCUAUGAAAGCCACAGAACCUACAGAAAAUAGUUUUGUUAUUUAACUUUAACCCCUGUUGUUUUUUCUAUGAGUUUCAGUUUAUAUGGAAUCAGUCCUCUGGAGUCCAUGCACAAACUGAGUUUGUGAAAUUCCUGGCUGCUUCGCACUUUGUGUCCAUUCCACACUGAUCUGGAGAAAAAUUAUUGACUUGGAAGGGUCAAUAUGUUGUGUAGAGUGGGGUCAUUUCCUCUUUUUUCUUUUAAAAAAGGAUACAAUAAACAAUGAGUUUAUCUGUUGAUGAUUUUCCAAGUUGUGAAACCAUGAUUUGUUAUUCUCAUCCUACCUUUUCCCCUUAAGAAAGAAGUUUUUGGUUUUGCCAAAAUUUUAAUUUUGUUUCUCACUAUUUUUCCAACAUUUAAAAUGAUUUUCAAAUGAGGGUUUUCCAAUAUGAUUUUGCUAUGGCAGUGUCUUUCUAAUGAACGUUGAAACCUCUUUUCUGAAAUUUCUGAAAUUUCUAAUUACGUAAUGGGUUCUCCAUUUUCAUUUAUGAUAUCAGCUGGAUCUGUAUCCUCUGUCCAUGGCUUCAGUCGUCUCAGUGAUGUCAGAUUUAGAGUCCUGAUGCAUACUUGUUUGAUUCUAAACUAGCAUGCAGUACCAGUCAUUUGGGAUGGGUUGAUGGAAAAAUUAAUUGAUCUGUAACAUGGCGUGAAGCAACCAAUUCUAAAAUAUAAAGAAAAGGAAACAAACAUGUAUCUUCAUGUUCUCUUUGUCUAGUUGGAAUAGAUCAAUAGAACCUAGUGAUAUUUGCCCUUCUGACCAGGUUCUAGACCUUGAAUUGAGAGCUAUCUUGUCAUUCAACUCCCGGUCUUGCUUCAUAUUGAGUUUGUUUCGCUUUGGGAGAGAUUCAAUUUUUGGAGCACAUUGUUAGUUUGAAAUCUACUCUCUUUCUUUCUUUCCUCCUUUUGAAACAUUUAAUUAGUAUCAUUCACUGCUAGUCUCUAUUUGUUUUUGUUUUUCGCCUGAAAAAUGAUUUGGUUGUAUUAGUUUUAGCUUAAAGCCAGUUAAUUGUGUUUCAAACUGAAUUUGGUUUUUUCAUUUAGGUUUUGUCAUCUCUAUAUUAUUGUAUAUUUAGACGGUUCCAGCCCUGCUUUCUCUAGGUAGUCAACACAUAUAUUUAUCUGUUAUAUAACUAUGUAAAUACUUACCCUGAUACUGUAACAUAUACAUAUAUAUAGGCAAUAAGUGAUGCAGACCUUAUUUGUUAGAAGAUUGAGAAAAAUACAAAGACAAAGGAUGCCUCAUCCUUGAAGUGUAUCAAGGAAGUUAGCAAAGUAAGUGGAAACUUCUUGAAAUGGUAGGUUACAUCUUGUAUCAGUUGGAGGCAGUUGCAUAUAUUCGAUAACCUUAAAUGACCUAAAUUGGUUAGAGCACUUUGCUAAUGCUGGACAAAACUUUUGGCUAAGUUGUUGACAUUGUGAAGCAAUCAGUAAUGAAUAUUGAAAAUGUUACCCUGUACUUGGGUGAACUAGAAUAGGCUCAGCCAAAAGGGCAUAUACUCACUUGAGAAUGUACUGUCAUUUAGAAUAGUACAAAGCCUAUCUCAAUUGCUAUGCAGCCCUAGGCCUGUAUUCUUUAAACUUCUUUUGGAAUCAGGCUUGGAUUGGCAAUAUUGGUAGGGUUUGGUCCCUUUUUGGGCUUGCUCUUGUGAUUAGGUAAUGCAUGGCACUGGUUUGAGACAUGGCAUGCUCUUCUACCGAAUGCUAUUUGUGGAAGAAUGUUUUUCUAGAGGUGGUGAAUGGGCAGAUUUGUAUCAGGUCAUGUUAGGUUUAGGUCACAACGGGUUUGGGUGGUUGGGGUUUCAGGUCGGGUUAGAAUGAAAUUGGUAAUUGAAUUUUGCAUUUUAAUGUUAAGUUCAGGCUAAUAUGGCUUUGGGCCAGUUUGGUCUUGGUUCAGGUGAUUUUGGAAUUGGGUUUCUUUGGGUUCAAGUCUUUGACUUUUUGGUUACUUUGGGUUUGUUGGAGUUCAGAUUUUUCCAGGUUCAGGUUCAUUUGCCACCUCUGUGUUUUUCCCAUAAGGAAGAGGAGAAGGAUAAUCAUGGAAACAAGUUAUGUGCAUCAGAUGUGCUCAAAAGUUAUUUAUUCUUGUCCUGGUUGGUUCAUCCAGUUUCAUACCAAGCUGGAGGCUUUAUAAGGCCAAAUUAUUAAAAAAAAAAAAAAAUCAUUUGUACAUGUUUUGUAUUUUUACCUCAUCGUCAACUAUUGAUUAGUAUAUCUGUACUUUAUGCGCCACUGCUCUCAAUACAUUUGCAACUCUUGAGUUGUCCACAUUUUAACUUCUUUUGAAAAGGUUAUUCUUUUUAAUCAUUUUUCUUUUUUGAGUUUUGGUUAUUAACAAAGGGCAAGUGUAUACGCUAUUCCAUACUAUUUUACACUGGUUUAUUUGAGUUAGUAUCUAUAUGCUAAUAAUACAGUUCUAUAUCGUACCUUAUGUUUCAUUGGGUAGGUUACAAAGUUUGUUCAUAGCUUCAUCUCUUGCCUGCGUAGUUCUCUAUAAUUGGGGUAGCAUGCAUGCUCCAUGAGCAGUGAGGCAUGCUUGUUGAUGAGUCCAUUCAGAUAACUGAUGAGCUGAAGAGAUUUGCUUUGAAAUCCACAUUCUGCUGCUACCUCUGUUUGUUUCAUUUUUGAUUUGUCUAUAAUACUGGAGUUAAAAGCACAGCAGAUUUGGGCUGGAAUUGAUGUGUUCUCUAGAUGGGUAUGCAUGUUUGCUAUAGUUUUCGUACUCUAUCAGCCAUGGUGCAGAGAUUCUUGCAAAAUAUUCUACCUGGAUUGGUGCCAUUAGUUGGCUCAGGAGCUCAUUGUGGCUUCAAUUUAAACCCCAUCAUAUUGCUGCCGGAGCUGCUUAUCUUGCAGCGAAGUUUCUAAAUUUUGAUCUUGCUUCUUCCAAUAAUAUCUGGCAAGAGUUUCAAACUACUCCGGCUAUUCUCCAAGAUGUUUCACAGCAGUUGAUGGAGCUGUUCUAGAAGGAUAACAGGAUACAAUUACAAAAUGUUGUCAAGAUUUAUUCUACACUUAGGCUUCUUAGGUGUAAUAUAUGUCCCCUGUUUAAUGAAGUAGUUGAUAACAAAGAGGCCCAUUAGUAGUAUUAUUGUUUAGAAUGCUGGCCGCAAAAUGGAGAUAAUCUUUAGUAAUUUGAAGUACAGGUUAAAGGAUCUGUUUGCUUGUAUCUGAAUCGACUUGCCAUUUGCAAUGGAAUAUCCACAUUUACGUGGAACUCAUUUCUUUCAA